AUGAGUAGUGGUAAGUAACAAAUCAGCAAUAAUUUAAAUUUAUAAUUCUAGAGCUAUAACAAAGAAAAUAUAAAUUCUACAUUAUCUUUUCAAUAGAAUAGUUAGUUAAAAUCUAAUUGUAUAAAUUAUUAGAUUGAUACAAUAAAAGAAAAAAAUAAAGAAAAAAAGAAAGAUUAUUUACAUUCUCCUAGUGAAACUCCAUUAAUCAAUUAGAAAUCUACAAAAUAUAACUUUCUAAAAAAUAAGAUAUAUACUCCUUGUUAUAACAAAGAAUUAAAAUCUAGUUAUAAAUCUUAUUAAACGUAAAGCAGAGAAAGAGUAUUUAGUAAAAACUUUAGAAAAGGACUCCUGCAAUUUGAUGAUAACAAUCUAAAUAAUUAUUAAAUAACAUAAACAAUAAUUUCUAAUUAAUAGAAUUGUAAGUGAUAUUUAUUAUUUUUUAUAGAGAUUUCUUACUUUACAAUUGAGACGAAUACAACUACUGAGGAAGAUGAUUAAUAAGAUUAAUUAUUUACAAAUCCUUCUGAAUGGAAUUAGUAUUUAAUAUCAAGAGAUAAUAAAUUUAUUGCUUCAAAAUAAUAACCUUGUGUCAACAUUUAAACAUAAUAGUUAUAAAGAGAAACUAUGAAAAUAUUGAAAUCCUGUUUAUUUGGCUUUUUGGUUGGAUUGUUUUUAGGAUUAUUGAUAUUAAAAAAUUUAUAUCUAUUUUAAUGA